AUGGCGUUUGCGUAUCGGGGGGAGCUGUAUGUGUUCGGUGGUUACAACGCGCGGCUGAACCGUCACUUUCAGGACCUGUGGAGGUACACGCCAGAGACCGGCCGUUGGCAGCGCGUGGAGGUCCAAGGAAAAGGCCCCUGUGCCCGCCGGCGGCAGUGCUGCUGCAUCGUGGGGGACAAAAUCUUGCUCUUUGGAGGCACCAGCCCAUCUCAGGACCAGUAUCUCCUGGACGAGUUCUACUUGAUGGAUCACUCGGAUCUCUACAUCCUGGACUUCAGUCCCAGUUUGAAGACGCUGUGUAAGCUGGCGGUAUUACAGCAUAGUCUGGACCAGACCUGCCUGCCCCAUGACCUGAGGUGGGAACUAUCCGCCAUGACCACAAACAGCAACAUCAGCCGCCCCCUGCUCUCCUCCCACGGAUAAGAGGCUCCCAGUGCCACGCACUCACUGGAAUAAAAACUUCACUACACUA